AUUCUAAGAAUGGCAGCACAAGCAGCCUGGUGUUGCCGACUGUCGCUCAGAUCCAUGCGAAUGUCCCUCUUGAAGGGACUCAAAGAAUUCCCCCAAAAGCAACAUCAUCCACACUCGCCGCUCUUAAAUAAAAUUACUGUCAACAUUUCAAUUAACAAAAUCCCACAUCUCCAUAUCCAAUCUUGGUCUGCGAUAGUUCCAGUCCUUGCCCAAGGCGGCACCACGAAGGAGCUCGCAUUCUACAAUGCGUCUAAAUUGCUCAACUCUGCCACCAAACCUGAUGCCUAUUCUCUGCUUCACCUUCUUCGAGCUUCUACGGACCUGGGCUUCCACUCUUACACCCGACAACUUCAUGCUUACAUUCUUAAAUCUGGGUUUGCCCCCAAUGUCUUUGUCUCCACUGCCUUGCUUAGGUUCUAUAGCGUAACGGAGUCUAUAAGUGACGCUGACAAAGCGUUUGAUGAAAUUCCUCAACCUAAUGCAGUCUCUUGGAAUACCUUGAUUUCCGCUUACGUGCAUUCUGGGCAGUUUAGGAAGGCAUUGUUUUUGUUUCUUCAACUUGAGAGGUCUGGUACAUGUCCAGAUGCCUACUCAUUUACACUGGCUUUAUCUGCUUCUGCCCACCUAAAUAUUUUGGAGAUUGGCAGGUCAAUUCAUUGCAAGAUAGUUAAAUAUGGCCUGGAGUGUGCCAUUGUUGUUGGGAAUUGCUUGAUUGAUAUGUAUGGCAAAUGUGCUUCUGUAGAGGAGGCAAUUUGUGUUUUUGAGGAAAUGAUUGAUAAAGACAUAAUUUCUUGGAAUUCAGUUAUAGCUGCAAGUGCUAGAAACCGAAGACUUGAAUUGGCAUGCGGAUUUUUCUAUCAGAUGCCUGAGCCGGACACCAUCUCAUAUAAUGAAAUUAUUAACGGGAUUGCUCAGUUUGGCAGUGUAGAGGAUGCUGUUGAAAUUUUGUUGAAUAUGCCAAAACCGAAUUCAUCUUCUUGGAAUUCCAUCAUAACAUCACUGGUCAACAAAAAUCGAGCACGAGAAGCCUUGAGCUUUUUCACUAAAAUGCAUUCAAGUGAAAUUAAAAUGGACGAGUAUACUUAUUCAGUUCUUUUGAGAGGUGUCGCUGGUCUUGCGGCUUUGAAAUGGGGAAUGCUGAUCCAUGGUUGUGCAACAAAGGGAGGUUUGGAUACAUAUUUAGUGGUCGGGAGCGCUCUCAUCGACAUGUACUCCAAAUGUGGGCAAGUAAAGAAUGCUGAAUCUGUGUUUCAGUUGUUACCUAAAAGGAAUAUAAUAACAUGGAAUGCAAUGAUCUCUGGCUAUGCUCACAAUGGUGAUUCAUAUAAGGUGAUCCAACAUUUUGAGGAAAUGAAAACUGUCGAGGAUUUGAAACCUGACGGGAUCACAUUUCUUAAUGUAAUAGCUGCAUGCUCCAAUACCGAGGUGCCACUGCAGAAGGCAAUUUGGUAUUUCGAAUCUAUGCUCAACGAUUACGGGAUUGAACCAACUGUUGAGCACUGCUGUUCAAUGAUUCGGCUUAUGGGACAAAGAGGGAAAUUGUGGAAGGCAAAGAGGAUGAUAUAUGAACUAGCAUUUGGAUCAAGUGGGACCGUUUGGAGGGCUUUGCUUGGUGCUUGUGGAGCUUGUAGGGAUUUGAAUGUCGCAAACAUAGCAGCAGCAAAAGUUAUUGAAUUGGAGGGUGAUGACGGUUAUGUCUAUGUCAUGAUGUCUAACAUAUUUGCAUCUUAUGGCAAAUGGAGAGAUGUGAGCAGAGUGAGAAAGAUCAUGAGGGAGAGAGGGGUGAGAAAAGAAGUUGGUUCUAGUUGGAUUGAGGUGGAAGGGGCCGCCCCAUAGUCAUUCAUUUAUCUAUUUGGAAUCGGCGAAACAAGGGCUUUUGAUGAAGAUAAUUGUGAAGAGCACAGCUUUAAUGAAGGAUAUACCGGCUGUCAUAACAUGGUGGAUAUUAUGAAGAGCAAAGCUAAAGAUUUUAUCAAUUCAUCAUGCUUAAUCUUCUCUUCCCGCCUCCACCAAAGCGAAGAGGGAGAAAAGACUUCAAUUGGCCGGUCCACUCCACCGAGUCCAACGCGGAUGACGGAUUCAAACCUUAUAUACGGUCUGCUUAUGUUCUGGAGGUUUGAUCCGUGAUCAUGAAGGUACUUAGCAUGGAGGUUUCUGGAUGAAGUUUUGUCAUGCUCAAUCCCCAUUUGCUGAAUUGUGGGUUUUGUUUCAACGUUUGUCUAUGGCCUGGAAUGCGCGGUUGCUUAAGAUAUUGAGGUGGAGAAUCAGCGGUAGUCGCAUGGUGCUCUAAGAGGUUGAUGUUCCUCGGGCUGUCACGGUCUUACUUGCAGGAUAAGGAGAAACUAUAACGUAAGGGAGUUGAUUCAGCGUGAAUGGGAAUUUAAAGUUUUAUCAUAUUCACAGAAAGGCCAACGGGAGUGCAUAUUGGUUGCCAAGGAUUGCUUCCACCCAUAUCUGUGGGAAGGGGAGCCAUGAGCUCCUUGACCCUCCUCCGGAGUCCGGAGGUGAUUUCUUGGGCCUUCUGGCCCACUUCAUGACAUUAGUGGUUUAAGUUUGUGUUGUUACUCUGGGCCUGGACCCAUUUAAUUAUAUUGAAAAAAACCUAUGGUUGAUACGCCUGGGAAAAUGCAAGUGCUUCCUGAAACGUAAUUUCAUUUUGUGGUGAUUGAAAAUUGAAA